AGACAAGACGCAAUCGAAUCUGGACACGACGAGCUGCGAAACCUGCGAGCUGCGAGACAUUUCAACCACUCUUCUCAUUCGACCCGUUCCAUAUCCCAUUGUUCCUCUCCGAUCCCGCGACCGUGGCUGACUCUCCCGAUCCUAUCCAACUUCCAACCCUCUCCCGAUCCCGUUCCAACGGCGCGCUUGGGACUCCCCUUCGCUCUCGGGCCCUCACCUUGUUCGCGAAAUAUACAUAAUCCAGUUCUUCUGCUGCAGUCCGGUCAAUUUUGAUUUCUGCAUCAUUGGAACCAUUCGGCAAUUCCCUGUCCACCACCACCUAUCAUUUUUCACGACCCUACCUGCUCCUCGACUUCCCCGUCUUUGGCUCGACCCGAAUCAUUGAAACCCCCGCUUCGUGAUCCUACCUCCGGGAUCCUACAUUCGACCUUUUCUCAUGGACGUCGGAGGUUGAAUUCACCAUUUACAAUCUCACAACUUCCUUUCGUUUGUCAGGUUUCCUUCAUCGGCGCAUUUGACCUGGACGUCCCAUCUUCCCGAGGUUCCACAAAUCAGUGUGAUGUGGCUAGGAAACAUUUGGUGGAAAUAGUUUAUCUUCGGUCAUCGUUUGUCCCCCGUUCAACAAGAUGGGUAAUUCUCAGGGGAAGCCGGUGGCUUGCGAUGAUGCGGUCAACCUCAACCAUUUCCGCCUCCUUCGCGUGGUCGGCAAGGGUGCUUUCGGCAAAGUCCGUAUUGUGGAGAGGAAGGAUACUGGGUUAACAUUUGCUCUCAAGUAUAUUCGCAAAGAAGAGGUUGUCCGGUCAGAAAGUGUACGAAACAUUAUUCGUGAACGCCGAAUGUUGGAGCACUUGAACCAUCCGUUCCUUUGCAACUUGCGGUACAGCUUCCAGGACAUGGAAUACAUCUACAUUGUAGUGGAUCUGAUGAAUGGCGGCGAUCUUCGGUUUCAUAUUUCGCGGAAGUGUUUCACUGAGGAGGCAGUGCGGUUUUGGAUGGCAGAGCUGGCUUGUGCCCUGAGGUAUAUCCACUCUCAGGGUAUUAUCCAUCGUGAUCUCAAGCCCGACAAUGUGCUGUUGGAUUCGGAAGGACAUGUUCACUUGGCUGAUUUCAAUGUCGCGUCAGACUUCCGACCGGGAAAGCCUCUCACGAGCAAGUCGGGAACAUUGGCUUAUCUAGCUCCGGAGGUGUAUGAGGGUGGUGGUUACUACUUUGAAGUCGAUUGGUGGUCGUUAGGUGUCACCUUCUAUGAGUGCAUCUACAACAAGCGACCAUUCGAGGGCCGUAGCCAAGAGACUCUCAGCGAGAACAUCAAGAGAGCGCAGCCCAAAUACUAUGUCACCAAUCCCGCUGUCUCCGUCCCCUGUCUCCGAGCCUUGUCAGCAUUGAUGGAGAAGGACCGUAGUCGACGUAUUGGCGCCAUUGGCUUCGAAAGUUUCACCUCGCACAUGUUCUUUGCAGAUAUCGACUUUGAUGCGCUCGAGCGGAAAGAGUACUCUCCUGUAUUCCGUCCCUCCAGUGAUAAAACCAACUUCGAUGCAACCUACGAUCUGGAGGAGUUACUGCUGGAAGAAGCACCCCUGGAGGCUCGCGCUCGUCGGCAAAAGCCACGUGCGGAAUUGCGCGAGGAUGCAACGGCCAAGGAGGUCCGUGAGGACGAGCUCCAUCGUUUGAUUGAGACGAUGUUUGAGCCGUUUGAUUAUACCCUUGUUAGCUUCCAAGUCAAGGCCGCGGAAGCUAUUGCUGCGACAACUAACCCCGAAGACUGCUUCCCCAUUCCUACCGCGACCUCCACUUCUCAUUCCCGUCAACUUUCACAACCUGAAUCCUCCGCUCGAAACUCGUCCCCACCGCAGCAUGAGCGUUCCUUCCACGCCAUCUCCCACAAUGACAACCUGACAAGUGUCAGCGAGAACCUCGAUCCCAAUGACUCGGUUUCUGGUCAUCCACCACCCUCACCUUCGACUCGUGCUUCGCCCUCGCCCCCGCCUCCACCAAUGCCUCCGGCCCCGUCUUUCCACCGCCCAUUACCCCCGGCGCCUCGGCCCGGCGGUGCUACAAGAAAGAUGAGCAAGGGAGGCGGUGUACAAAUGGUCCUGGAGGAGGCAGGCAGCUGGAGCGAGCUCGCAAAUCACAGCUCUACCCUCCCAGCCGAGGGCUUUGAGGGUGCGGGCAAGGGCAAGCAAUCCAACAGCGGCAUGCUUUCAUUCCUAAGCAGAAAGAAGGGCCGUGAUCGCAGCCCCAAGCCUACAGAGCCGGGUGUUUUGGGCAAGGAAGGUGCCCGACAGAUCAUCAGCUGAAGCACUUGAUCCUCCAAAAGAAGUUGGGCCCGGCGAACAUUUCCCAGAGACAAGCUUCUCUACGAAUGAGUCUUCAGGCUCUUGUUGCAUUGACCGUGGUUUACCUCGGACAUAAUCUCACCCGACCUUACUGUGUGUAUCAGACUCUCGCGGUGUUUGCCUCUUCAAAAUUACAGGGCCGGACGUGGUCAGUAGCCCGCCCAGUGCGAUCUACUCCACUCCAUCGCCCUGCUCGCUGCCAGUCUGAUUCGCUCGACCGUCGCAAUGACCACCUUAUCAUAAUGUUGGGCAGACUAUGCCUGGACCGUACUUGUGGAUAACUUCGAACCACGCAUUCAUUCCGCAUUAUCUUCAUGCAGGAAAGAUCAUGGAUGGUCUCGCCUGUGGCAAUCCACUGCCUCGAUUUUCAUUCUUCUAGAUUCCCCGGACCCAGCGACAAGUCAAAUUUAUUGAUUUUUAUUUGAUUUCUUUUGCCUGUUUUCUUUUACAUCAUACUCAUUCAUGCUUUCAUCUUCCAUACUCAUCAACAAACUGUACAGAUGGACAUGUUCCUCGAUUGACGAUUCCAUAUUGUCAAUGACCAAUGCUGGUAGGCUUUCUGAACCAGGCAGUUCACCUUUCGACGCUACGUUUUUAUCAAUCAUCUGUGACCAUUUCUUUUUCUUUGUUGGAGUUUUCAUACCCUGAUUUUAUUGAUUGAUACAACACACACGUUUCCUCUUCGGUUUGUGUUUAUUCUUUUUUCUGUCUUCUGGUGUAUUAGAAAGGAUGGGAGCUUGCUGCAUUGUACUUGGAGGUGGUCAGUGAAAUAAGUGUAUUUUAAUGUGUCCUCAAUGCCAUGUCUCAG